GCGUUUGCCUCGCAUUUUGCACUUUUUUUCGGUACGCUCGAAAUUUUUAUUUUGGAUUUAACGUGCGCGACAACAACGUCUAUAUAUACAAGCUAUAUAUAAUAUAAUAUACAUAUGUGUGAGGCCAUAUCGAAAUCGUCUCUAUCAGUUCUAUCAAAUAAUUGUAUUGAAAUUACCAACCAACCCAGACAACAACACAAUCAGACAAAAAACCCAUAAAUAAACAAAUAAAAAGUAUACAAGCGUUUCCAAAACGCUGAGCUCAUUACUUCAGGCUCAUUACCAUAAUAAAAAGCGGCUGAAGAAAUUAUAAAAAAUAUGUUGUUUCUACCAAUAAACAAAUAAAUAUUCUUUCGGUCUUAUCGUCGAAAUUGAAUUUAAAAUAAAAGCAUACUUAAGAGUGACCCAGUGACACAAUUUAGGUCGCAUUAUCAGCAGCAGCAUUACCCCCUCACUUUAAUCCAAUCUAAUACAAUCUCUUACUGAGAGUGAAUAAACAAUUGCAAUUACAAUUAAUAAAUGUAAUUUUUGUGCCUUUUUUCACGAAUCACGUGCCUUUAAUUGCAAACAGUUUACCGAGCAAAACAGUUCCGUGUUAAUUAGUGGUAAACACUCUGUCGCAAUCAGUGGUUGUUGUGGCUGUUCUGUGUGUGUUUUUUAGCUGCUGCUGGGCAGAACAACAAUUGUAAAUCUGCCCGAAUAUCACUUUCCCAGCUGUGAUUCCCUUACAAAUUUAUGCUCCACUUUCAUGUUAUGGAAUUUUCAAUGGACACCAAAAAAACUAAAAGGCACAAAUCAAAACCUAAAUGAGCAGCACCUGAGCACCGAACCGGCUGGCUCGCCCUCCAGUGCCAGUCCCAACACCUCCACCGCAGCAGCGGCGGCGGCGGCGACGGUAGGAGCAGGUGGUGCCGGAGUGGUGGGUGUGGGCACUGUGACACCCACCAAGAGCCCCCAACGCAAUGCGUUCCAGGAAGAUGCUUAUCAGACGGGCACAGGUGGUGGCGAUAGCGUCGAUAACGUUGAGGCGACACAACAGCUGGACGGCAAUCCGAGUGGCGGAUCGCCCAACCAACGUCACUCAAUAAACUCGGCAGAGUAUACAUCCACGCCGAAGACCAGUCACCGGAAUGGUCCGAGUAGCAAUGCCGCUAGUGGGACAACGUCGCCGAUUAACUAUCAGUUACCCGGCGAUGACUAUCCAUAUGGCAUCGAGUAUGAGUCACAGCAACUGCAAUUCCAACAACAACAGCAGCACCAACAGCAGCAGCAACAGCAACAGUUGGCAGUGAGCAGUGGAGUAGUGGAGCAGCAGUCGUUGGCGAUAACUUACCAGAGUUUGCCGGCCAGUCGCCAGAGUUACGCCUCGCCGCCGGCACUGGUGAUACCUCAGCGGCAAUCGUUGCUACCCUGGGGUGCCCAUUCCAGGAGCUCCAUUAUCAACGUCCUGCCCAGCUACACGCAAGCCGAGAUGCAUGCUGCCUUGGCGGCCAGCGUGGCCAGUGUGGAGAUCUCCUCGGCUCCACGGCCGGGUGAGAUUGUGAUGAGGAAUCUGUUCAGCGACUUUACCGUUCAGGCGGAGAAGAAGAUCGAGCUGGUGAUGCUCGAGAGUGCGGACAAGAAUCUGUCGAAGUUGCUGCAGCGUGGCGAAGAUCAGCAGUUCGAUCAGUUGCUCUCUGCCCUGGGCUCCGUGGCGGAGCACUGCCUGCCCUCGCUGCUGCACACGCUGCUCGCCUGGCAUCGCCGCCAGCUGUCCGAUAUGGAGAUAAAGAACGAUCUCAAGAAACCAGCUGCUCCCGGCGGCAGCAGCAGCAGCAAUUCGCAGGCGUCCAACAGCAACAAACCUUCCGUGGACUUGGAUUUUCAGUUGCAGCGACGCGAAGCGGCUGUGGAGUUUAUUUUCUGUUUAGCGCUAAUUGAGAUACUCAAGCAGCUGCCCUUCCAUCCGGGCCAUGAGGAUCUGGUGCGCAGCAUCGAGAAUCUGGCCUUCAAGCACUUCAAGUACAAGGAUGGUCUGCAGAACAAUCCGAAUGCCAUUAACAUCCACAUGAUAGCCGAUCUGUAUGCGGAAGUCAUUGGUGUGCUGGCCCAGAGUCGGUUUGCAUCCGUGCGCAAGCGCUUCAUGAGCGAGCUGAAGGAGCUGCGCGGCAAGGAGGUGUCGCCCACGACCACCCAGAGUAUCAUCAGCCUGCUGAUGGGCAUGAAGUUCUUUCGCGUCAAGAUGGUGCCCAUUGAGGAGUUCGAGGCCUCGUUUCAGUUUAUGCAUGAGUGCGGUCAGUACUUUAUGGAGGUGAAGGACAAGGACAUAAAGCAUGCUCUUGCCGGACUCUUUGUGGAGAUUCUAGUGCCUGUGGCAGCGGCUGUCAAAAAUGAGGUGAAUGUCCCCUGCGUAAAGAACUUUGUGGAGCUGCUGUAUGUACAGACUUUGGAUGCCUCUACCAAGUCCAAACAUCGCUUGGCCCUCUUCCCGCUGGUCACCUGCCUGUUAUGUGUCUCCCAGAAGACCUUCUUCCUCACCAAUUGGCACUACUUCCUGGCCAUGUGUCUGAGCAAUCUGAAGAAUCGCGAUGCCAAGAUGAGUCGCGUGGCUUUGGAGUCGCUGUACCGCCUGCUCUGGGUCUACAUGAUUCGCAUCAAGUGCGAGUCCAACUCGGCCACGCACUCCCGCCUCCAGAGCAUUGUGAACUCGCUGUUUCCCAAGGGAUCCAAGGGAGUUGUGCCGCGCGACACGCCGCUGAAUAUCUUCGUAAAGAUCAUCCAGUUUAUAGCCCAAGAGCGCCUGGACUUUGCCAUGCGUGAGAUUGUCUACGAUCUGCUGUGCGUGGGACGCUCCAUCAAGCUGAUUCUCAACCCGGAGCGGAUGAGCAUCGGCCUGCGCGCUUUCCUGGUCGUUGCCGACUCACUGCAGCAGAAGGCGGGUGAGCCGCCGAUGCCCAGGACAGUGCCGGCUCUACCCUCCGGGAACACGUUGCGCGUCAAGAAGACUUACAUUAAUAAGAUGCUGACGGAUGACACCGCCCGUAGCAUAGGCAUGUCCACAUACUUCCCUCACGUACGGCGGGUCUUUGUGGAUAUACUGAGGGCCUUGGAUGUGCACUACGGUCGCCCGUUGAUGAUGACGAAUACGCAGAACCAGAACAAGGAGCCGGACGAGAUGUUGUCGGGUGAAAGGAAGCCUCGCAUUGAUCUCUUCCGAACGUGUGUGGCUGCUGUGCCGCGGCUUAUUCCAGACACAAUGACCGCCCAUGAGCUGGUGGACCUGCUUUCACGACUCACUGUCCACAUGGAUGAGGAGCUGCGCAUCUUGACCCAUCAGUCGCUGACGACGCUGGUCAUAGACUUUCCGGAUUGGCGUCAGGAUGUCGUGCACGGUUACACUCAGUUUCUGGUGCGCGACGUCACCGACACCUAUCCGCAGCUGCUGGAGAACUGUACGCGGAUACUGUUCAACUUCCUGAACAUCUGGCGAUGUGCCAUUAAUGUGAAUGGCAAUAGCACCACCGCCACCACUAGUGCCGGGCCCAGCAUGGCCACCAAUGUGACGAAUACGGCACAACCCAAAGUGGUGGCCACGGGAACAGUGGUUCAGAGCACUCUUGUCCAGGGAACAGUGGGAACAGCUGCUCCAGCCAAGGAUACCGCCAGUAGCCAGCAGUUGUCUAAGCAGCAGCAUCAUCUGAAUACUGCCAGCAGUGCCGCUUCGAGCAUUACCACUUCCUCCAGCGGCAUGUCGAGCAUCACCCAGCACACGGUGCUCAAUAUGGCCAGCAGCGAUGUGGCCAAGAAGAACGAGAUACCGCUGGCCACCACUCUGCAUUUCGUUGAGGGUUUCGCCUUGGUUUUGCUCUGCAACUAUCGACCUUAUCUUCGCAAGCUGGCCGCCAUGAUUCUCAAGGAGGUUAAGAACCUGAUGCGAGCUCUGGGCAUUCCUGAAGCGGAACCCCCUCUUAUCGACGUCAUGGAUCGUUGUGUGCCGGCUAUUGUGGAGAAGUGCCUGCUGCCACUUUUGCCGCAAACGGAGAAGACGGCCAUCCUCAAUGCCAAUUGCAUUGACUUGCAGUGGAUAGCCGAGAGAACCAGUGGCGUUUGGCUAGCGGGAUUGACCGAUGCAGACAACUCAAAGUCCUCGACAUCAACGCUGAAUCUCUCGCAGUCCAGCUCCACGGCAGCUGCCGCAGCAGCAGCGGCCAGCUCUCCCCAGCCUCCAUUUGAUCCCUGGGCCACCUGUCUCUUUGGCUUGCUAGAACGUCAGCGCAUCCUGCAACAGUGUCCAUCUGCAGUGGCCCAGGCCUGGCCUAUAUGUUUCACUCGCCUAAAUGCGCUCUUCAGUGUCAUUGAUCCCACCCCCGUGAGUGAUAAUCGAGCUUCAUUGCUACGCAGCUCGGCGCCCACCAAGAAAGUGCCCACCGAAAGCCAAAAGGAUUCGUAUCUGCGUCUCUGGAGGAAUCAGGUGGCAUGUGCCAUGCGUCUGGUGCCACAAAUCCCCAGCGUGGCUGUACGUUGUGCCUCUCCAGAUUUGAGUUUGAGUUUGCAAGAUCAGGCGGACUCGCGUUCGCUGUCCGAUUCCUUGGACAAUAUACCAUCCAAUGUGUUUGGGCCCGAGGGAAUCGUCACGCGGUUCACGCUGCCACUCUCCUACGGACGCAAAGAGGCACGCCAAAAGCGACUUGGCUCAUCGCCGGACUCCCUGAACGCCGAUCGGAGCGACAAGUCGGCUAUGGGCAGCGCCUCGCCGCAUGCCCUCUACAAGCUGGUGGUGCCGCUGCUCCGCUGCGAGGUUGUCGAUGUGCGAGAUGCCGCCGUUAAUGCUCUGGGCCUGAUAAACCACGAUGCGCUCAAGGAUCUCAUGGAAGAGCUGGUGGUGUACAUACGGGAGGCGGUGGAUCGCAAGCAGGAGAACAUGAGGCGGCGGCGAAGGCGUGAUGCCCUGCGUUUGCAGGUGGUGCGGGUGCUGGAGAAGAUAGCGGAAAACGGGACCUUUGGCGUGAGCACUUGUGUCCUGGAACGCGACACAAUGUCACUGCAUCCCACCUUUGUGGAGUAUAUCGAAGGCGCUAUGGCCUACCUAAUGGCUGAAACGGACAAGGAUAACCUCAGUAUACGCGAGGUGAAGGCCCACUUUUGCAAUUUCAUACGCAAGAUGAUUAAGAACUUCUCACUCGAAUCCUGUGCCACGCUGCUGUCCCGAGACCUGAAGCGUAAUCUAUUCAAUUUGUUUGCCACAUGGUGCGGCAGCUUCUCCAAGCCGCUCAGCAUACCCUCACAGAUUGGACAGACCCUCGAGGAGGAGAAGUUGCAAUUCAGUGCUCUGCAGGCCAUGUCCGCCCUCCUCUGUUGCGGUCACAUAUUCUACGCUCCUCAUCUGCAAGAUGAUGGCAUCAUUUACAAGUGGCUGGAUCUGCUGCUGACCUCUAAGGAUGAAAAAAUUUACCAACUGGCCCGCGACACGGUGGUGCUGCUGCUUGAGUCCAAUCCGGAUAUGGGACAGCUCCUUGAGUGGGUCAUCGAUCGGUGCUACACGUCAACGCCUCGCGAGGCGGAUGCCUGCUUCCUGGCCCUCGCCUCGAUCUUCAGUGCCAAGGAGUACCCGUGCGACCACUACACAUCGGUGAUAACGGUGACGCUCCUGAUGACCGGCUGUCCCCGCGUGGAGGUGCAUGCAACGGCGCUGCAGUUACUGCAGAUCCUGGACAAGCGAUUCUUUGGCAGCGUGGUGGGCACUCUGCACAGCGACAACGAAAAAGAGGACGACAAGGUGGGCACUCUGGAUGUCUUGCUGAGCAGUGCCUAUUGCCGCUCCCAGCGGUUCCUGUCCAAGCAAUUGGCGCAGCUCCGGCCCGAGCUCACCAUGUCCAUCUUUUCGGAAAUCACGCAUCGCUUCCAGAGCGCUCGGGAGGAUGUACGGGCCUUGCUGCUGCAGUGCCUCCUGCCCUGGCUGCAGAAUAUGGAGCUGGUGGCCACCAGUGUGCCGCCUGCCACACCCCUCUCCUACAUAAUGUACUUCCCGGACUCGGGUACAAGGGGAAGACGGGAGGGCACUGGAUCCACUGAGGCAACGGAAAUGAUUCUGAACAAUCUCUUCUACAUCACAGCCAAGUUCUCGGACGCCCAUCCACGCGACAUCGAGGAGCUGUGGGGCACGCUGUGCCAGUUCUGGCCCAAUAACCUGAAGGUUAUCCUGCGGUAUCUGGUCAUUAUGAGCGGCAUGGCGCCCACCGAGCUGCUGCCCUACGCCAAGCGCGUGGCUCUCUAUUUAGCCCGCAGCUGUCCGGAUCGGUUGCUGGAUGAGCUCAUGGCCGAGCUGCAGACGGUGGAGACACUCAACUGUCUGAUUGAGCGGACAGAGACGCCGCCGUUUUAUCGAUUGACCAGCAUGCGAAAGGCCUCCAGUCACAGUGCCGACGGUCAAGCUGUGGGGGGCAUUAAUGACUCCAGGAUUCAGGAUUUAGCCGUGGAAAAGGGCACCAUACAUACCAAGCGACACAGUGGCGAGGAUCCCAUUAAAAUCGGAACCUGCAAAUCGGACAGCGGCAUUCGCGCGUAUACACAAGCAGCUGCUGCUGCUGCCGCUGCUGCAGUCACCCCUGGCUCGAGUGGCAGUCGUCCUCCUCGUGGAGCAGACAAGAUUCGCGCUGCCUCAGGUCCCUCCAUAUUGCCGCGGCCAGAGGAUAUUCUGAUCAAUGAUCCGGAGCUGCGACAGGAGGAAAAUGUGGAGCUGCGUGGGGCUUCGGAUGCUCCGACCAAUGCCCAUCCGCAUCCAUUACCCAUGCCCGAGUAUGGCGGCUAUUUUGCACCUCUAACCGAAUUCCUGCCGGAUGUCAGUUUGCCCAUCAGCGGAUUCCACAGAUGCAACGUGGCUGUGAUGCUUCUCACCGAUAUUGUGGUCGAUGGCAUUCCGGGCAUCGAUUGGACUCUGCAUCUACCAUUGAUGCUGCACAUCCUGUUCCUGGGACUAGACCACACCAGGAUCAUUGUGAGGGAGCACUGUAAGCAGUUGUGCGUCAACCUACUGAUUGUCCUGGCGGAGCACAACGAUCACCUGACGGUGGCCCGCAUUCUGCUGAACAGUGAGACCAGCAAGCUGGAUUUGGGACUAACGGUGCCGGCUCUUCCGGUCAUCGACAACAAUUUCACGGAGCUGCACCAACAGUUCGAUAGCUACCUGCUUCACGUGAGUCCACAGGCGGCGGCCUAUGCCCUGCAGCACAAUCUCUCCAGCUCCACGAUCAUAGCGGCCCACUCGGGAUCUGUGGUGGGGGCUGGUGCGAGCUCUAACCAGCAGAAUCUGCCACAAACGCCGCAGAAUCAGCAGCAGGGUGCGGCAGGUACACAGAGUGUACCGAGUACGACAACACCGCCAGGAUUGACAGCCACGCCGGCGGCCCUGCAAAUAAAUCCGAACAAUUCCGAGAACUCGGAGGUGCCUCUGAUCCAUCCCGAUGAGCAUGCUCCUCCCCAGCCCGGCCCUAGCAUGCCCAUUGCUCAUGUGAUCAAGAGUCUGCUGAAGUUCCUGGCCCAGGACACGUGCCAGCCGCUAUGGAACUACGAGGACAUCACGGCCAAGGUGUGGGCGGUGAAGUCGGCUGAGCAGCUAAGCUGCUUCCUCAAGCACAUGGUCAAGGUGUUCGCGGAUAGUUAUCCACAGGCUCGCAUUGCCGAGCGCUGGGCACAGACUGCCCUUCAGUUGGGACUGUCCUGCUCGUCGCGUCACUACGCCGGCCGUUGCCUGCAGAUCUUCCGCGCCCUCAACGUACCCAUCAACUCGAGGAUGCUGUCGGACAUACUCUCGCGACUGGUGGAAACAGUGGCCGAGCAGGGUGAGGAUAUGCAGGGAUAUGUCACGGAGCUACUGCUCACCUUGGAGGCCGCCGUGGACAGCUUGGACUCGGACUUCCGUCCCCUCGACGUGAUGAAGGACAUUUUCAAGAGCACGCCGAAUCUGAACAACAAGGACGGUGGACCCAAUUCCAUACUGCCGGGCAAGAAGUCUCCUUCCGGCAUGACCCCGCAGUCGUCAAACUACUCUAUUCCCAGCCACGGAAGGAGCACCAGCUACUCGGUAUCGUAUUGCGGUAGGAAGGCCAACAACUCGCCCUGCGACAAGCAGGUAGAGCUGCGCAAUCGAUCCUCCGGCAUCGAUCUUGAGCGCAGUGUGGUUUGCAAGUUUGGCGUGGGUGGCGGUGGAGUUGGUGCCGGUUCGGCCCUGUCCCGUUCCCGCAGUGCCCAGAGCCUCAAGAUGCUGGGCGACACGGCCACGCAGGACGACAAGAUGACCAUACUGGCACAGCUUUUCUGGCUGUCCGUUUCCUUGCUGGAAUCGGAUUACGAGCAUGAGUUUAUGCUGGCACUGCGUCUGCUGACCAGGGUGCUGCACCGCCUGCCACUGGAUCGACCAGAUGCCAGGGACAAGGUGGAGAAGCUGCAGCAGCAGCUCAAGUGGACUGCGUACCCUGGAGUGCAUGCACUGCUCCUAAAGGGCUGCACCCACAGUGCCACCUAUGAGCCAACGAUCACCCUGCUCUCCCAGUUCGCCCCUUUGCUGACUCUGCCCGUCUGUGAUCCCACCCAGAGCUGUGCCUUCCCCAUGAACGUCAUUGCCCUGUUGCCCUACAUGCUGCUGCACUAUGAGGAUGCUAAUGAGAUUUGCAUACGCAGUGCAGAGAAUAUUGCUCAGGUGUCCACGGAGCUGGGUGCUAAACUGGAGAACCUGGGCACUGUAAUGACUUUGUACAGCCGAAAGACCUUCUGCAAGGAGUCCUUCCAAUGGACCAAGUGUGUGGUCAAGUAUUUGCAUGACACCUACGCCCACAUGGGUCUCCACAUGGUGGCGUUCCUCAUCGAGGUCUUGGAGAAGGGACCGCAGCAGGUGCAGGUGCCUGUGCUGAAUGUGAUCCACUGCAUGCUGCACUAUGUGGACUUGUCGGCGCCACAGGCUCAGACCAUUAAUGCGGACCUGCUGAGGGCCAUUGGAAAGUACUUGGAUACUGUGAACUGGAAGGACUCUCUGAAGAUCCUCAAGCUUAUUGUGACGCGCAGCUCAUCGCUGCAGGUAGUGCCGCCCAGCGAUGGCGGCAGCGCCGGCUUAUCGUUCUCCUUCUAUGGCGCAUAUCCGGAUUCGGAUAUGUUCUGUAAAAAGGAACUGGCCGGUCGCACCAUGGAAUUCACUUUCGAUGUCUCGCAAACACCAUUGAUUGGUCGUCGCAUCUUGUUAAAGACAGAGGAACCGGCUGCCACCGGGGCCACCUCCACCACGGGCAGCUCCUCACUCAACUCCACACUGACGAACGCAACUACGGUGACGGUGGCGCCCAGUAGCGUGGCCCAGCAGCAGGUGAAUGCCCAGCUGCAGCAGCAGCGGGCACACACCAAUGUGGCGGCCAUUGCAGCGGCCGCAGCAGCUGCCCAGCACCAGCAGCAGCAUGCCAUCGGAGCCGGUAACAGUGUGGUGGGAACACCCAACUCGCCAAGAAGGAGUGCCAGCCUGUCGCCGGCGGACACGGUGCCGCUGAGUGGAUGGAAGCGACCCUGGAUGUCGCAGUGUCGUGUGCGUGAGUGCCUGGUCAAUCUGCUGACCACCUGCGGGCAGCGCGUGGGCCUGCCCAAGUCGCCAUCGGACGAUUUCAUAAACUCAAUUUGCUCAAAGGUCAUCUUCAGCCAGUCUUCGGACCUGAUGGAGCGCCAAUCCUCGGCCGCCUCUUCCACGGAAGAGACCUCGGGUCCUCAGGGCGACCUGAGCAGUGGUUCCAGGCGCGACGAUGGCCAGCCCGAUUUCACCGUCUUCAAGGACUUUGACUUUUUGGAGUACGAGGAUAGUAUUGCCGGCGAGUCCACGGAUAACUUCAAUUGGGGCGUGCGUCGUCAUCAGCUCUUCGAGGGCGAUGAGGAUCGCUUGAACUGCGGCAGUGGCAUCGGUGGCUCCAUCAAGGGUGGACACUCGUCUGCUUUGGAGGACAGCUUCAGUGAUAAGACGCCUAUUUUGAGUAAGCGCAAGAGACAGACUGCCGACGACUCCUCCGAUGAGGAGGCAGAGUCUGAGUCGCCCUUGGAUGAGGACCAUCGUCAGUCGUUCCUCAAGUCUGGCUACAGUGCAGUGCCACCCACGUCGCUGAGUUUGAGAGAGCGACGGCGUCGCAACUCAGUCUCCAGGAGCGACACCAGUGGCUCCAGUGCCGGCGACUUGGGUGAUAUCACCCCUUGCAACGCCUCGCCGCAUCUGCCGGGCAUUAUACGUUUUGGUGCCGCCAUUCGGGACGAGGCCGAGGAGAACUGGCGCCGUCAGCUGCAGGCCAUGUUGGUCAACCAGCCGUCGGCUCACACCUCGGAGCUGCUGCAGCAGCUGUACCGCCUAAUCAGGGAGCUGACCUUCAAGACCAUCAGCAUUUCCAAGGAGGCCAAGAAGUUCUUUACCGGCAUCGGGUCCCAGCUUGGCAAUCGGAUCUCUCUCUUUACGGAUUUGCUCAGCUCACGGGCGGAUCCACCGCAGGUGUGGUGCAGCGAGCUGCAGGCCACCACGCCCAAGCUCUUUGAGACGCUGCGCUUCAAUGUGCUGGAGGUGCAGGAGCAUCUGGAGACCUUUUUUGAUCGCAAGGAUCAGGUUUUAGAUUGCUUGGAUGCCGUGAAGACCAGCUGCAAGCUAUCGCUCUUCAACGAGGCGGAUGUGGCUGCCUCGGGCCUGGAGCUGCCCACCUCCUCGUCCAGCAUAGCCUACAUGCCCUUCGACCCGGCCUCCACCGAGGUGGUCCUCGACUUGGGUCGCUCCCUGUACAAGCUGAUGUUCCAGCUGCUUCUCCUCAUAGAGUCCAAUCACAAGAUAUCCUCGAAUGUGGUGAAUCACUUCCGUAUCAACGAAGACAUGAAUGACAUAUCCAAUCUCUAUGCCCUGGUUCGCGAUGCUUUGGUGCGUUACACCAGCGAGGCCGAGCUGGAUUGCCUGGAAUCCUCCACCUCGACGGAGGGUGAGCACACGCCCACACCUUCGCCGGGAUUGCCCAUGAGUCAGGAGGAGUUUGAGGCUGCUUUGAAUGAGCAUAUCGAUCUGCAGCGCUGGCCCAGCGCCAUUGCCCAUGUGCGUCAGUAUAGACGGGUGUCGACGCUGAAUGCUGCCGGCGAUCAGAAUCUGACCAUAUUCAGUUAUAGCAGCCUGGACAAUCGCCAGAAGUGGGACGAGAUGACGGUGAUACUCAAUGCAUAUGCCCAUGGAAUUAUGAAGGAUCGAACAGCAGAAGCCUUCAUUGCUUCCAAAUCCGACUCGGAGCUGUUUGAGAUCUAUGCCAUUCUCUCGGAGAACCUCUAUCACGUGUCCAGCGCCUUGACCAACAUGGAGAUCAGCAUGAAGAGCUAUUCGGCGGCCAGCGCCUCGGGCCACGUGCAUCAUCGCAGCGAACAGGAUAUUGUGACAAAUCUUUAGGCUUUAAGUGCUUAGGCUAAGGCUCUCUUUUAUAUGUAAUCCGCUAGCAAGUAAGCUGCAUACAUCCUAGACACUACCGUGUGCGUAAGCGAUCAUUAUUAACUACCAUAUGUAUGUACGAACAAAUGUGAGUAAUUAUGCAAAUAUAUAUAUAUUUAUCAAUGAAAA